GACGAUCGAUUCACGCGACUACAGAGCGAAGCUCGCCACCUGGAGAUUAAAUAUCCCAAUGUAGAUAACAGACCCCCAUUGUUCGGCUUACCAAUUGGUGUCAAGGACAUAAUCCAUGUGGAUGGGUUUGCAACUCAGGGCGGCUCGAAUGUGCCAUCGAGUGCACUCAAAGGCAGCAACGGACCAGAGGCUACGGUUGUCAAGUUACUGCGAGAGGCAG